ACGUGACCUGUGUUUACAUCCUCUUCUCAGCUGUUUCUUUCUUCCUCCACUUCGACACGGCGGUUCGUCCGUCACUACUUUACCUUUCCGCCAAACUAGCAGGUUAGCUCGGUCGACCAGCUCGCACUUCUUUUAGCCCCCGACGGAGGCUGCAAACGUCUGAAAGACACUGUCACCGACCGUCGCAUUGCACGUCCACACACACACACACACAAACGGACAGAGUUAUUGCGACACGGCACUGUCACUUGCCUGGACAUGACUGUUGUCUGAGCUGAUAUUUGAGGAGUCACAGCGGCAGCAUCCUUCAGCUGGCCGUUCACCUCCAUGCCACUCUGAGGACUCAUCCUGCGUACGAGUUCGGCCCCUGUGUUUCUCUUCUCUUUGCACCAUGGGGGGAGCCGUGAGCGCUGGGGAGGACAAUGACGACCUCAUUGAUAAUCUGAAGGAGGCACAGUAUAUUCGCACAGAAAAAGUUGAACAGGCUUUUCGGGCCAUAGACCGCGGGGACUACUAUCUGGACGGCUAUCGGGACAGUGCCUACAAAGACUUGGCAUGGAAGCAUGGCAACAUACACCUGUCUGCUCCGUGUAUAUACUCUGAGGUGAUGGAGGCCCUCAAACUACAGCCAGGACUGUCUUUCCUCAAUCUGGGCAGUGGAACCGGCUACCUGAGCACAAUGGUUGGCCUCAUCAUAGGGCCGUUUGGUGUGAACCACGGAGUUGAGCUCCACAAGGACGUGGUUGAAUAUGCCCGAGAGAAACUGGACGACUUCAUAAAGAAUAGCGACAGCUUUGAUAAGUUUGAGUUCUGUGAACCCGUCUUCGAGGUGGGGAAUUGCCUUGAAAUCUCAACAGACAGUCACCAAUACGAUCGCAUUUACUGUGGCGCAGGAGUGCAGAAGGAUCAUGAAAAUUACAUGAAAGUGCUGCUGAAAAUUGGAGGCAUUCUGGUGAUGCCUAUAGAGGAUCAGCUGACCCAGAUAACCAGGACUGGCCAGUGCUCAUGGGAGAGCAAAAACAUCUUGGCGGUGUCCUUUGCCCCCUUGGUCCAGCAGAGCAGAGCUGAUGGAGAGAAGCCUGACACUGUCCAGCUGCCUCCAGUGACUGUCCGCAGCCUUCAGGAUCUAUCUCGGAUCUACAUCCGCCGCACCCUCAGAAACCUGGCCAACGAGGACAGUCAGGGGAAGGGGGUGGUGCAAAGAGUCCCCCAGAAGCGCAAACGCAGGCGCUGCCGACGGCGACGCAUCAAUACCUACGUUUUUGUAGGCAACCAGCUGAUCCCCCAAAUGGUGGAGAGCGAGGAGGAGGAGCACCCCGAGGAAGAACACAAGGAAGUGGAGGAGGAGGAGGAAAGAGACAUUGGCGACAUUGAAAUCCUCAAGCAAGUGAACGUGUUGAGAGACCAAAUAAUGGCUUUACCGCUGCCUGAGUCACUGAAAGCAUAUUUGCUGUAUUACAGAGAGAAAUGACUGUUCAACUCGAGAUCCGCUCUUAAUGGGUGCGGCGCCUGCUGAAAUGCUUUUCCUUCACCCAUUUUUUCGAUACAAAUGUAGCAUUAUUUCCAUUAAAUCUUGAUGGCAAAACUGUAACAGAAGGAGGCGUCAUAGAUAAUUUUGGAUAAUAAUGUUAUGAUUGUUAUGAAUUGUCAGUUUUUGUUCAUUUUUCUUUCUGAUUUGUAUUUAAAAGAACAAUGUAAAAAGUAUACUAAAUGGACUUAGUUUCAGGAACCCGUUUUGAGAUUCAGAUUUUAUCACACUGUCAGGAUUUCUGCAGAAGUGUGCAGAUUAAAAAUUGUAUAAAAGAAAAAAAAGUUCUUACUAUAUUUGUUAAAAUAUGAUCAUGCUAAGAUGAAGACUUUUAUUGCAGCUUUUUUAGAAGCUUUAACUUUCAGUAUCAGCGUCGGCGAUUUGAAGAUGCCGAGAGGAGAAAAAAAAAAGGCACUGAGAGGCAAACGAGGCCACAUCCUCCCAUUUUGAGUUUUGAGAGUAAGAUGUUGCGUAAUCACGAAUGGGACACUUGUGUCAUUGCUCUUCUUGAUAUUAACGUGUUUUGUACCUUCCUAUUACAAGAGAUCAUUGAUAUUGGUUCAUAAUUUUUUCUACAGGGCGCCUUUUAAUGUACCUUUUUCUACAGGGUGCUUACAUACUUGUGUUUUUCUCACUGAGUAGCUGACAUCCUCUUUGAUAUGAGCAGGUGUUGUAAGCCCUCACCCCACCUCCAUGGUUUCCUUUCAUUGCAAAUAGUAUAUUCAUUUUAAAUGAUUCAUAUCAAGAGGUUUAAAAAAACUGAUAAUGCUGAUGAUGGGUGUUCAGUGGUGAUUCACAUUUAUAGCUUUUUUUUUUUUUUUUAAAGAGGGAACUGGUUAAGGGGAGAUGUUUGUCAUUAAUGAGUACAUGCAUGAAUAUACUGUAUACGUGUUGGCUGUUCCUGACUUUGCUACCACAUCUUAAGAUCGGUCACUGGAGGUGAUGUCCCAGGUGAUCAAGUCCGGAAAAGAAGAUAAAACAAACAGAUGAUUUUAAAGAAUAAUAAUCAAUUAGAUGGCCUUGAGAUAAAAUUCUGUAUAGAAAUGCGCUUUUUUUUUUUUUUUUAAUCGACGACAAUGCAAAUCAAAAUCGCUGAGGAUUUUGAAGCCUUUUUGUAUCCUGGACUGUCGAAAAAGCGUCCAGAAAAGCACCUUAUCCCGCAGUCCUCAAGUGGAAAAAAAAGAAAACAAAGGUGCCAUUUUUUUGGCUUAGUUUCUAUUGUGGACUGAACUUCUUGUAAUGUAAACCCUGUUUAAUCAAAGUACAAUUAGCUUGCAGACCUUCCCCUGAUAGUGAUGGCUCUUAAGUGCCAACGUAUCCCAUCACAUUAGGUGAAUGCUGCGAGUUUCCGCCACAGUAAUUCCACCCAAAUAAAGUGGUAUAUUUCUACAACAAUAAUUAUACUACUACUACUACUACUAAUAAUAAUAAUAAUAAUAAUAAUAAUGAUAAUGAUAAUAAUAAUAAUGAAAAAAAAAAGUAAACAUUCCACGGUUAAAAAAGAAAAAAAGCACAUCACUGAUAGAUGUCACACUUUUUUUUCAUGCUUUUUACAGUCAAAGACUUGGACGUUUUCCUUCAUCUUACUUUGAAUGCAUAUUUUUUUAGUAUUCCAAAAGCUGAGUUGAAUGUUGUUGAUAUGAAUUCUAUUCGAUAUAAAAGUGAUAUAUAUGUAUUGUUAUCAUAUGAAUUCUGCAUACAGUUUCAUUUGCAUUUUGGUUUGUCGUAGCGCCCUCUUGCUGUACUGUAUCUUGACACUGGGAAACUCUGUAGAUCAACAAACUCCACUGCUGUCUGUUAAAUAGAUAAGAUAUAUUAGUGCUAUAGGUCUUCAGUUUUUGUUCUGGUGUACUGAAAAAUCUUUUGUUUUGAGAAAAAAAGGGGGUGAUUAUUCUAUUAGUAGUUUUGUGUGUGAAGAGGUAACAUUUAUUUUCUGUAAGGUUUUUUUUUUUUUUUUUUUUUUUUUUACAUUCAUUGGAAAGCUUUGCAAGUAAGCAAUAAUGGAAUAAUUUCUCAUUCUUAUAAUUACCAAUAAUAACAUAGUCCCAUUUGAUUUGCUUGGUAUCCAUUAAAUUUCACAUGACCAAUUAUAGGCAUGCAACAGUUUAUAUACCAUUAUCUAAAACAUAAUUGCUAAUUAGAGAGCACAUUAAGGAUUGAAAGCAGGGGACCUACAACCUCGACUCUCAGGUCACGCCUUGCACCAAAGUUAAUGGGACUGCCCGUGAUUACAUUUAAUGUGGACGAGAGCUGACUACAAUAACGGCACCCGCUGAAGACCAAGUCAUAACCGAUUCUCCGCUUUCAUAUUAAGUUAAUUUGUCGAGAGCCAAAAGCGGUUCUGUUACUGUUUAUCAGGCCCAGGUUGAUUUUUCUCAUAGUGUGUGCAGUUUCAUUUUUUUUGAAAAUGUGUUGUUUCUCCGUAAAUGUUUGGCACAAAAAUAAAGGUCACAAUCACA